UGUCACCAGUGUUCACAAACGUCACGAACGGUCCCGAAGACCUACGUCAAUGGUGCUGUGUAGUGUAAUGUGACGAAGAAUGGAUCUAAUUUUCUUACUUGCAAUUGCAUCUGGCUUAAUUGUUCUUAUAUUUAUUGUUGCACUUCUUAAGCACCGCACUGCCAAAGUUCCAGAAACAGCUCCAGUAAGGGGUGCACCUCCAGCAAGGGCUCACAAUGGACAAAUUCCAAGAAGGGCAAUUGGUGCACGCAAUGCAAGGGCAAGGCUGAGGGCAACAGCUCAUCAGCAUAAUGAUGCAGAUGAGGAUGGAGCUGCACAAGACCUGAUUGAAGAUAACGAAUUGCUGGAUGGGAAAAUUGGAGCAAAAAAGCGAGCCAAGCUCGAAGCAAAAGCUGAGCGCAAAGCUCAGAGAGAGGUGGAAGAGAAAUCCAGAGAGGAAAGGAAGAAGAGGCAGGAACAAGCAGAGGAGGAAAGACUGAGAGCUGCAGAGAGGGAAAAACAAGAAGAGGAGCAACGACUUGAAGAAGAAAGGAAGGCACGUGAGGAAAAGGAACGUCAAGAGCAUGAAGAGUAUUUGCAAAUGAAAACUGCGUUCAGUGUAGAGGAGGAGGGUUAUGAAGGUGGCAGAGAAGAUGAACAGAACAAUCUACUUCAGGACUUUAUAAAUUACAUCAAGAACAUGAAGGUAGUUGUGUUAGAAGAUUUGGCUGCCCAUUUUAAAUUGAAGACACAAAAUGUUAUUGACAGAAUCCAAGAGCUGCAAGUUGAAGGACUGCUUACAGGAGUUGUGGAUGACCGAGGGAAGUUUAUAUAUAUAUCACCAGAAGAACUGGAAGCAGUAGCCAGAUUUGUAAAACAGCGAGGGCGGGUAUCAAUAGUGGAGCUUGCAGAAAGCAGUAACCAGCUCAUAAAUCUGAAUCCCAACAUCAGUAAAACUGUUUCUGUUCAGNUGUUCAGAAUUGAAGGGGGGGGGGGAAAGAAAAACCAUUAA